AUGAUGAAUUUCGGUAUGAAUAAUACAACAACAGCAGCAUUACUUAUACCUGUUCACAUUCCUGGUUUACGUUUACUUAUUGUAUUUACAUGUAUUAUACUUUAUUUAUUUGGUUAUACAGGUUGUUUAUUAUCAAUAAUAACAUUUAGUUCAAAAAAACUUCGUCGUCAUUCCACUGGAUUUUUAUUUCUUAUAAUGGCAUUUGUUGAUAUAUUGAAUUUAUUUGCAAGUUUACAAUAUUUUAUUGAUGUUAUUUAUCAAAUAAAUGUCUUUACAUUAUCUAUACAUUGGUGUCGAUUCUUUACAAUUUUUAAUUAUGAACUUUAUUUUGGAUUUUCUUGGAUAUUUGUUUUUAUUGCUGUUGAUCGUUGGAUUAAAGUUGAAUGGCCAACAAAAAGUCAAACAUUAUGUACACGAAGAAAAUUUAUUUAUUUAUGUUUAAUAACAAUAUGUUGUAGUCUUUUACAAAAUAUAAUUUAUACAUUGUUAUGUUUUAAUAAUGAUUGUGGACAAAAAAAUCUUAUAUGUGAAAUAUUUAUUCAUAUUAUUUAUAUAACACUUUAUAUGACAGUACCGAUUGCAAUUAUUCUUAUAUCAAUAUGUCGUACAUGUAUGAUUACAAUUAAACUUAAAAAACGUUUUCGAACAUCAAGUUCAAAUAAUCAUCAACAACAACAACAACAUACAGAUGUACCAGUACCACUUAAAUUAGAAACACUUGUUCAUUGUAAUUCUACAUCGAUUACAACUCGUAUAUCGAAUUCAUUUGUUAGUUCACCAUCAUCAACAACAAUAAAUAAUACAAAUUAUUCUCAAUUUAUAACUUCACCAAAUCGUUUAGCUCAAAUACGUCGACGUCGUUCACGUUUAGAUGCACAAAUGGUUAUAUUAAUAUCAAUAAAUGUUGCACCAUUUAUACUUGUACAUAUAAUAACUGAAAUAGCAUAUUUAUUUGAAAAAUAUUCAACAUUUGUUGCACAAUCAACUGUAGCAAAAUUAAUUAUUAUAUUAAUUUAUCUUUCAUGGUAUUUAAUAUCAGCAACACGUUUUUAUACAAAUUGUUUAUUAUCACGUAUAUAUAGAGAAGAAUUUAAAAAUCGUUUAUAUACAUUAAGAUAUGGUUGUAAACCUCGUUCAAGAUCAAAUGGUCGAUCAUCAUCAUCAAGACGACAUUCAUCAAGAUAUUAUAUUGGAAGUAUGGUAAAUGGUGGUGAAAGUACAACAAUUAAUAUUAAAUCAAUGGUUAUGACAUAG